AUGUUAUUACCCAGUAUAAUUGUCAAAAUUAAGAAAGACUAUUUCCAUGGGCUGGCCCUUGUGGAUUCAUUCAGUGGUGUUUGGGUAAGUGGAUGGAACCUAGUUGAUUUUCCUAGGUUACAUGAUAAGUUUCAUAUUGGAGAUAAAAUAUUAUCAGUCAAUAAUGUACCUUGUCAGUCGUCAGCAAGUUAUUAUAAACAAAUCAAACAUUCAGAUUAUUCUACAGUAGAUAUACAGUUAAAACGUCUGCCUAAAGCUCGUGUAUUUGUUAUGAGGAGAGCUGCUGAAGGAGAAAGUAUAGGUAUUAAACGUGAAGGUGGCACUGCAGAGAUACUAUAUGUUGAUCCAUAUGGUUUAGCUGGACGUCAUGGUCUACCUUUAAAAUCACACAAUAUGGUUGAUAAUAAUUUAUGUAAUUGGGUCAUCACAGAGAUCAACAGUCAAACCUUAAAUCUUUUCUUUAAAGACAUGGAGGUUAAACAUCGACUUGGUGCUGUAGGUAAAGAUAUUACUAUUGUAGUACAACCUUCUGAUUUAAUCAAUGAUCUUAAAAAACAACUGAAAAAGCUGAAAAACUACAAGUCCUAUUUGAUUAAAUAA